UUAGACUGAGCUUUGAAAGAGGAAAGCACCACAGUGCGUGGCUGUGUUAACCUGACUCCUUAAGGAUGUAAAUCCUUCACAGUUGCAGCCUUCUGUAGCAAAUGCAAAGAUCCGUGUGUGGCAGAGAAAGCAAUAUUCCUUGAAGUGUAUAGGGAAAAUUUUGUUUGCCACAUCAAGCUGUGAAGAAUGACCUGAGUGAGUGACCUCUUGACAUCUACCCAUUAGCACUGUCAAGACAAGUGAAUUGCUUCUGCGCUGAAUUGUGUUUAAGAGAGAAACGUUCCACUUUUGACAUUCUACACCAUUUUGAAGAUGGCCCUUUGUCUGAAGCAAGUUUUCAAUAAAGACAGGACAUUUCGACCUCGAAAAAAAUUUGAGCCUGGAACCCAACGGUUUGAGUUGUAUAAGAAAGCUCAGGCCUCACUUAAAUCUGGUGUUGAUCUCAAGACUGUAGUCCAGCUUCCUACUGGGGAAAACCUCAAUGACUGGAUUGCAGUGAACACUGUAGACUUCUUCAAUCGAAUCAACCUCAUCUAUGGUACCAUUUGUGAGUACUGCACUGCAAGGAGCUGUCCUAUCAUGUCAGGAGGGCUGAAGUACGAAUACAGAUGGCAGGAUGAACACAAGUACAAGAAGCCUACAAAAGUGACUGCUCCACAGUAUAUGAAUUUGCUCAUGGAUUGGAUUGAAACCCUAAUCAAUGAUGAGGACAAUUUCCCCACCAGAGUUGGUGUCCCCUUCCCUAAGAAUUUCAUGCAGCUUUGUAAGAAGAUUCUCACCAGACUUUUUCGUGUCUUUGUACAUGUUUACAUCCAUCACUUUGAUCGGAUUACCACGAUGGGAGCUGAAGCCCACGUAAAUACAUGCUACAAACAUUUCUACUACUUUGUGACCGAGUUUGACCUGAUAGAUGAGCGGGAGUUGGAGCCUCUGAAAGUCAUGACAGAGAAAAUUUGCCACUAAUUCCAGCUUGAGAACAGCCACGCAAUAACUCUCCUUGUGAAAUGUAACCCAGCAUUUGAGCCAAGACUAAGAAGAUUAUUAAAAAAAUGGCCGUCUUUGGUCUGAGCCCCGCAAAUUCUGAACAAGCAGAUUCAUUUAAAGUCAUAAAUGAAGAGUCAGAACAGUAGUCAAAACUUUUCAAGGUUUCUCUUGGGAACAGAUUGGUAAUAAUAAAUUGUGUGCCAAUGAAAUGGACUCACUUCAGGAUAACUGCCAUUUGAAACCCUACAAUGCAUUCUCCAAAUUGAUUUAAUUCAGUCAUCUGACAGCAAUUCAGCAUUUUCUGAUGUUUAUUGUUAGAUUCAUGAAAAAAAUACAAUCUAAGCAUGUCAUUAAACUGAAAUACUCGCUCCAGCAAAGCCAUCUGUUUAAAUAAGAUGACCUGAGACAGAUAUUUGAAAUCUAACGGGGAUCAUAAGACACUCUGUCUUGAACGUUGGCAGCGGAUGUACAUUUAUUAUAACAUCUCCCUUUCUGGCCAACUAUUACAUGGCUAGGAUAACUCAACACCAGAUUUGGACCAAAACCAAGAGUUGUCAGACAUGUAUCAUGCCCAAAAGGACCAGAACUUGGCAAACAAAAUAGUCUGGAACUGUUGGAAAGAAACCACAAUUCCAUACCAAUUUGUUAGAAAUAUUUUUCAAAAGCUUCUCCAAGUUCAUUCUAGGCCACAGGAGCCCUGGACUUGCUGGCCGUUAUUAUCCUUCAAUUGAUGGCUGCUCUGGUGUUGCCCACCCAUGGAGUCCUGCAGAAGAACCAACAAUGCACAAGCAAAUUAGUUUACUGAACCUGUACCAGGUUAGGUCCUAAAUCAGGAAUACCAUUUAAUUUUAAUAAGGAGAGAGAAAUAUGAGGGGACUAUGUAAGAAUGGGAUAAUUUGUAUUUUUAAUCAAUUGUAUUUACUUUGUUUUGCUUAUCAUCGUUCUUAGGUAUUUUAAAUGUGCUUAUGUCUUUUAAUUGCUUUGAACAUAUUUCAAGAGCAUGCGUAGUCCUUGAAAAAUUUGGCUAUUGCUAAACCAGGAGUGUGUAUUUUUUAAAGUAUUGAGAUGGAUGGCGCUUAGUCUGUUCUGGUGUGUUCCUCAGGGCGCUGACACCAUACAGGACUUUAUGAUGGGGGUGACAUUUAUCACUGAUAGGCACCAUGAGAGAUAUGGCCUAGGGCACUUAAUGUAUGCUCUAGUCCAAUUCCAUCCAGCUCUACCUCAUGACCACCUCUCUUGACAAUUCCUUUAUCUCUGAAUAAUGAAACAGGUUGCCCCAACAUUUAGUAGUGGAGGAGCAGAAAUUUGUCCAAAUAAAUAUUGGAAAUACUGUAGCCGCUGUAUUCCUUAUCUGCUAUUAAGUCUGUUUCCUACAAUUGUUUGACAGUAAACCCCAGACUCUUUGCAACCUUUAUGUUAUAUUUGAUAGUGAAGUGAACUUCACAUAAAAUCAUAAUCAUCUAUUUAUGUUUCUAACGCUAAUGCCAGCGACCCAGGCCAAUAUCCCCGGUACAGUUUCCCUGUGACUGUGUGUGGGUUUCCUUCAGGUGUUCCAGUUUCCUCCUACAUUCCAAAGAUGUACGGGUUGGUAGGUUAAUUGGUCAAUGGGUGUAAUUGGGAGAUGCAGGCUUGAUGGGCCGGGAGAACCUGUUACCGGGCUGUACAGUACCUUUAAAUAAGUCAUUGUGGAUGGCUAAUCAGCAUUGACCGCCAUUAAACUUGUUAGCAUAAAACAUAGACGACUGCAGUACAGGCUCUUUGGCCUACAGUGUUGUGUUGACCUUUUAACCUACUCUAAGAUCAGUCUGACCCUUCCCCCCUACAUAGCCCUCCAUUUUUCUAUCAGCCAAGAGUUUUUUCUAAAUGUUCCUAAUGCAUCUGCCUCUAGUGAUUGAAUUCAUUUCUAUCUGUUUAAUGUGAUAAUUCAAAAAAAUUGAAUUUGUUUUGUUUAUAUUCAGCUAAUCUCUCAAAUGUUCUUUCAAAGGUAAUGUAAUAAUACCACUAAUGGCAUGCUGGCCGUUCUAUAGCUGACAUAAAGGAAAGGGACAGACAGAGGAGUUUCGAUUGUUCAUUCAAGGAGAGAAAAAAGGCUCAUCUCUGAUACAUUAUGAACAGACAAUGUGACUAUACAAGAGUAACAAGAAUGGAAUGUUUACUUUUAUCCGGCACGUACUGUCGUUUUACAGGAUUUAUAAUUGAACUAAUUGAGUUGACAACUUAAAUGUAAGGCAGGUUUUGUAGCAGUCAUUUAGUACAAAACUAAACAUACAAUGGUGCUAGAAAGUUUGUGAACCCUUUAGGAUUUUCUCUUUCUGCACAAACAUGACCUAAAGUGUGAUCAGAUCUUCACGCAAGUCCUAAAACUAGAUAAAGAGAACCCGAUUAAAUAAAUAACACAAAACAGAUUGCAAUUGUUCAUUUGCUUAUUGAGAAAAAUGAUCCAAUAUUACACGUAUUUGUUGGAAAAAGUAUGUGAACCUAUGCUUUCAGUAACUGGUGUGACCUCUUUGUGCAGCAAUAACUUCAACCAAAUUUUUCCGGUAACUGUUGAUCAGUCCUGCACAUCGACUUGGAGAAAUUUUAGACCAUUGCUCCAUACAAAACUGUUUCACUUCAUCAAUAUUUCUGGGAUACCUUGCAUGAACAGCCCUCUUCAGGUCAAGCCACAGCAUCUCAAUUGGGUUAAGGACUAGACGCUGACUUGGCCAUUCCAAAACAUGAAUUUUUCUUCGUUUUAAACCAUUCUGUUGUUGAUUUACUCUUGUGUUUUGGAUCAUCGUCUUGUUGCAUCAUCUAACUUCUAUUAAGCUUCAGGUGAUGGACUGCUAUCCUAACAUUCUCCUGUCAAACCUCUUGAUGCAGUCUUGAAUUCAUUGUUCCCUUAAUGAUUGCAAGCUGUCCAGGCCCCAAGGCAGCAAAGCAGCCCCAAACGAUUCUGCUCCUUCCACCAUGCUUUGCAGUUGUUAUGAGAUUUUGGUGUUGGUAUGCAGUGCCCUUUUUCCUCCAAACAUAGCAAUGUGCAUUUCUGACAGAAAGUUUAACCUUUGUCUCACCUGUCCACAGAACAUUGUCCCAGAAGUUUUGUCGAACAUCCAGGUGGUCUUUGCAAACUUGAGACAUGCAGCAAUGUUUUUUUUGGAGAGCAGUGGUUUCUUCCAUGGUGUCCUUCCAUGAACACCAUUCUUAUUCCAUGCUUUUCUCAUAAUGGACACAUGAACAGAGACUUUAGCAAGUUCUAGAGAUUUCUGCAGGUCCUUUUCUGAUAUCCUUGGGUUCUUUUUCACUUCCUUCAGCAUUGCACGUUGUGCUCUUGGUGUGAUCUUUGCAGAUGCCCACUCCUAGGUAGAAUAAUAAUACUGAAUUUCCUCCAUUUGGAGACAAGUUCUCUUGCUGUGGACUGAUGAACACUCAGGUCUUUAGAAAUACUUUUGUAGCCUUUUCCAGCUUCAUGCACCUCUACAAUUCUUCUAAGGUCCUCUGAAAGAUGUUUUGAUCGACACAUAGUGCACAUAAAGAGAUUUUUCUUGAGAGCAAGCUCUGUCAGUAACUUGACUUUGUGUGUCUUUUUUAUAGGGCAGGGCACCUCCACAACCCACACCUCCAAUCUCAUCUCAUUGAUUGGAACAACUGACUCCAAAUAGCUUUUGUCGAAGGCUCACAAACUUUUUUGAACACGGACUGUGAUUGUUUAAAUGGUGUACUCAGUAUUGAUGAGAAGUACAAUUAUUUGUGUGUUAUUAGUUUAGGCAGAUUGUGUUUAACCAUAUAACCAUAUAACAAUUACAGCACGGAAAUAGGCCAUCUCAACUCUCAACUCAUGUCCUCUUGUUUGAAUCUCCCCUACUCUCAAUGGAAAAAGCCUACCAACGUCAACUCUAUCUUUCCCCCUCACAAUUUUAAAUACCUCUAUUGUCCCCCCUCAACCUUCUACGCUCCAAAGAAUAAAGACCCAAUUUGUUCAACCUUUCUCUGUAACUUAGGUGCUGAGAUCCAGGUAACAUUCUAGUAAAUCUACUCUGUACUCUCUCUAUUUUAUUGACAUCUUUCCUAUAAUUCGGUGACCAGAACUGAACACAAUAUUCCAAAUUUGUACAAUUUUAACAUUACAUCCCAACUCCUAUACUCAAUGCUCUGAUUUAUAAAGGCCAGCAUACCAAAAGCUUUCUUCGCUACCCUAUCCACAUGAGAUUUCACCUUCAGGGAACUAUGCACCAUUAUUCCUAGAUCCCUCUGUUCUACUGCAUUCUUCAAUGCCCUACCAUUUACCAUGUAUGUCCUAUUUUUGUCUAUAAUUUUGUCUAGAAUAAGAUCAGACCAUAUUUUAUGAGUAAUUAAUGCAGAAAACCAGGUAACUGCAAAGGGUUCACUAAUUUUUUCUUGCAACUGUAUCUAUGCAAUCUGUUAACUUAGAUAGCUUUUUUUAUAGGUUAUGUUACCUCUUAGGUUACUUUACAUAGAAUUGGUUGAAAUUGUGUGUUUUUUAAAGUUAUUUUAAAUGGGUGCACUUUAAUGGGCUGCAUGCUUGUUUAAUUUAACAAGAGGACCUUGUAGAAGGUAGAACAGAAUCAUAGCUGUCAGCCAACAUAAUCCAUCAUUUUAAAGUGCUAUAUAAUGUCAUCUUGGAAUAUUUUACAAGGACAUAAUGAUGCAAUUUGAGAAUUUCAGACCUAUUAGAAUGUCAUUUAAAUGAAACGUUAAAUUGCAUUCUAAUAGAUCUAGCUGUACCCACUCAAGGGGGAGGAAUCACUAUACCCACUCAUGGGGAAGGCUUUGGGCAUAAAUCCUGAGGAAAAUUCUGAAGCUGGAAUCCCUAAUGCAGUCCCCCAUUGAGUUCAAUACUGACUGGCAAUUCCUGCGAUGCCGCUGGUGCCAAACUGUAUUGGUGUCUGCCGUUCCUUUGGAUUCAUCAGCUGCAUGGGCAACAGCUUUCUCUCCAUAUUGCCACGCCCUGGUUUGCUUAUCACAUAGACAGCUGGGCUGCAACAUCAAUAGCUGACCUCAAAUAAUCAAAAUGUUAAAACAAUCGGAAUUCAGUUCAAUGCAGUAUAUUGAAUGGAGAAGCAAUGUUGUUUAUAACCAAGCUUGUUGACAAAGAAUAAUGCACAUUUUUAGUUGAAAAAGUGAACCACACGAUCAGAAUAGUGUAAAUAUGAUCUUUAAUCACAUAAUUCUUUUAAUCUAAAUGGGCAGAAAGCAAUAUGUGUUUUUAUAUAUAUGCAAGUUCCAACUUGCUUGAUUUUCUGAUAAGUCUACCAUCAACUAGAUCAUUGAGGAAAAUCUCUCAGAAUAUUCUGUUAGUCAAAAGUCAAGAGCAUUUUAAAUUAAGAUGUAAAGAGACAUUGUUCUGACCAAUAUUGCAUGGCCACAAUGCUCAGCAGAAGAAAACAAAACAACAAAACAGAACACAACAAGUGACAAAACAAUAACAGCAAAACAAGCCCUAUUCCUCUUCCCAACUUGCCCAAUAGUAUCAUACACAGAAAUAGAAAUUGUCCUGUUUUGCAUAGUUAAUUGUAUAGUCAUGCUGGUUCAGACAAUGGGAGAGCUCAAAUUGUUCAUCCGAACACUGAGAUGGAGCCUUUUUUUCAGCUUCUCUUUUCUAAAGAAACAUUCUCUCAGUGUAACUCUGAAAUGCCAGCCUAGUCUAGCUCAAUUACUUAAUUAUGGUUUGAAUCCAGAAGGAGCAGUGCAUGCAUGUGUGUACUAAAGUCUAGAUAACUUUCAGGUAUGGGCCGGCAGGUGGCCUGAAGCAUGUGAGUCAUACUUUGCUAAUCUCCAAUUAAACAGAGUCACAUCAUCUACCCUUAACAUACAAUAAGUAGCAUGACCAUAAACAAAACUCCCACUAUCAGUUUCCUGAUGAGAAGGGUGGGCGGAGAUGGAGGAUUACAAUGACCAGAAGCUUAACCUGCCACAACAGGUUAAAGGCUGGGUAUUCUGUAAUAAGUGAGUCUGAUAUCUGUGGCAAUUCAGGAGUGUGAUAUACUUUCUGCUUGCCUGGAUGAGUGAAACUAACACCACUCAGAGUUUGAUACCACCCAGGACAAAUCAAACUUUUUGAUUGGCCCCAUCUAGCACCCAAAACCAUAAUUACCCCUGCUGCUGUCACCUCAUGGCUUCAGCACGUGUCACCAAAAAAAUACCAUGUAGUUAAAUCCCUCAGCUUCUCCUACAAUAUAUAAUGUCUACCACCUAGAAGGACAAAGGCAAUAGGUACAUUGGCACACAUUUACCUGCAGUUUCUUUCCAGGUAAUACACCUGAACUGGUUUAUGCUUUUAAUGGAUCUAAAUCCUGGAACUCCCUGUCUAGCUGAAUUGUGGGAGUACCUUUAACUGCCACCUGACCAGCAGAUUAGAUGGCAGAUAUCAUGAGAUUCAAUAGGCAUUCAUUAGAAUGCCUUUAGAUAACCUCUUGGAAACAGUUUGGUGAGGAUUCCUUCCGAUGAAUGCUUUUCAUUAAAAAAAAUGAGUAGAAUCCUCAUCAGCAUGCCCCUGGAAACACAAUGGGACGCCAUGUUUGAGUUCAUAUACUGUCCAAAUGCCAGUUGCUCUGUUAGAUUCUGAAGUUUAACCUUACUAAUUGUUGACAGCUUGAUGAGCUGUGCACUACAUUCUAUCCUAAAUAUACUGAGCCUGAAGAAGUGUCUCAUUCAUGAUCAUAGAGCCAUUAUUCAAUUCAUGUCUAUCUGAUGACUGAGCCAUGGGGAGUAAGAAAAUGAUAGUCCUACUAUAAAGUCAAAUAAUUUAGUUGUAAUGUUGUGUAGCCAUUAAAACAUAUCAUUUUCACAUCUUAUACAUUCAUAUGGAUAAAGUAAUAAUUCUUUACUUCUCAACUAUUAAUAGUUAAUGUGUUACUCUAAAUCAGUUGUUGCUCUUACAUACUAUUAAUAUGAUAAACCAUAUAUCAUUGAUUUUUUUGAUGCCGUUACUUCCAACGUUCAAUAUUGCUUGACGGAUGACAGAUGUGUUCUGAUAACACGUGCAAGCCAUGACACUGGGUAUCAGCAGGUUAUUCAACAACUGCUGAAAUGCUUGCACAAUAAGGAACUUGUCAGAAAUCAACACAAAUUCUGAUGCCGUCAAAUUGGGAACUUCCCUGGUGUGAAUAAUUCAAGGAUCCACUGGAUAAACUUGCUGAGCCUUUAGGACAAUCUGUUUAACUCGAUAUUAAAUUACCAAUUGGAGUCAUCAGAUGGGUCAUUUGGAUUAACUGCAAGGUUUUUUACUUUGAGUUAAAGACCUGGUACAUUCCAUUGUCAAUUUUGGACUGUGGAGAGGUGAAAAGUUGAAUUUUUGUAAAACGCCAGUAUACUUCUGUAUCAUUUGAAAUCUUAUUUGACUUGUUUGUACAGAAUCUGCAGAGAAUGUUCUGCUUAACAAAAAGCUGUAUGAGACAGCGAUCUAUAAUACUGAUUUUGAUAUCUGUGGAGCUAAUCAGGAGAGUGUACACAAUCAUAAACAUUUGCUGAAUGUCAAUAACUAUGGAAGAUUGCAAGUUAAUCUUCUACAAGAUUUUGUGCUGGUGUGAAAUUGGAUGGAGUUUGUAAUAAACUAUUACAAGUAACUGAAAAGCACAAUGCACAGACUAAUUGAAUUACCCACUUCAAGAGUAUUGUAGACAACUACAAUAUUUCUUUUACAUUUUAUUAUAUAUAUAUUUUUUGAUUUUGAGUUUUCUUAUACUAUUUG